GCGCCGUUCCCCUUUCUUCUUCCUCUUCUCUUCUUUUCUUCUUCCUCUUCUCUUCUUCCUCACCGGCUCCGACCCGCCACCUCACCGCCUCCUCACCGCCACCAAACCCUCCUCACCGCCUCCUCACCACCACCAAACACCCACAACCUCAAACAAAACCCACCUCUCCGCCCCCAAACACCCACAACCACAACCAAAACCACCUCACCGCCACCAAACAACCUUCACCGCCACCAAACCCGCCUCACCGCCUCCUCAUCGCCACCAAACACCCACCACCGCAACCAAAACUUACCCCAGCCGCCACCAAAGCUUCAAUCUGGACCCAAAUCGCCCCUCAAGCACUGGAUCAGAGACAUGCAGGCCUUCUUCAAGCGCCACCCUCCGCCACCGCCACAAGAUCGCCCCUCAAGCACAUGCAGGCCUUCUACAAGCUUCUAAUAUGGAGCUAGAAGAAAAAACCAUCAAGCUGCAAAUAAUACUAAAUAGGUUGACUCCUAAAAAGUUUGAUCUCUUGAAGGACCAGUUAAUUGAUUCUGGCAUUAUUACAUCAGCUGACACCUUGAUGGCUGUCGUUUUGCUUAUCUUUGAAAAGGCUGUUUUAGAACCAAAAUUUUGCCCCAUGUAUGCUCAGCUGUGUUCUCAUCUUAAAGAAAAGCUUCCUUCAUUCCCGGAAUCUGAAGAACCUGGUGGAAAAGAAAUCACUUUUAAGCGAGUACUUUUGAAUAUUUGCCAGGCGGCUUUUGAAGGUUCUUAUAAUCUGAGGGAGGAAGUAAAACAGAUGACUGCUCCUGAGCAGGAGAUGGAGCGUACAGACAAGGAAAGACUGAUCAAGCUUCGUACCCUUGGAAAUAUACGUUUAAUUGGUGAGCUUUGGAAGCAGAGGAUGGUUCCUGAAAAGAUUGUUCAUCACAUUGUUCAGGAGCUUUUAGGUCCCUCAGACAGCAAUUCUUGUCCAGUUGAGGAAAAUGUUGAAGCAGUAUGUCUGUUUCUCAAUACUAUUGGCAAGCAGUUUGAUGAAAGUCCUACAUCGCGGCGAAUAUGUGAUGUAUAUUUUAACCGAUUGAAAGAACUGAGCACAAACCCCAAUCUUGUGGCAGGGCUAGGGUUUAUGGUUCACUAUGUUUUAGAUUUGCGUGCUAAUAACUGGUUUCCUAAACGGUUUAGGAAACCAGUUAUUAAACGUGAGAUGAAAGCUAAAACCAUUACUGAAAUUCGUUCAGAGGCAGAAAAGCAUCUUGGGUUGCGUCCAGCUGCUACUACUAGCAUUAGAAAUGCCCGUGGAGGUGUUCAAGGAAACGUCAGCCAUGGGGGCUUCCCCAUUGCUCGACUCGGUACCAGGGAUAUGAUGCCUGGAAUGCCAGGGACCAGGAAAAUGCCUGGGAGUCCUGUAAUUGAUAUUGGCAACUCGGAGGUUCAGAGGACUAGAUAUAUGCCAAGAGGGGACUUGUCAGGUACUCAAGCUGCAGGAUGCAACAACUCGGCUUUACUUGCAAAGCCCACAACCCUGAAUUCAAAACUGCUUCCUCAAGGUAGUAGUGGUAUUAUAAGUGGAAGUAGUGCAAUAGUACAUGGAGGUGGUCCCCUUACUGCUCGCCCGUCAAACUUUGGUUUAGGUUCUGAGGCUGCACCUGAAGUCUCUUCACCUGUUAAACCAGUUUCAGCUGUGCCCUCUGUGAAGCCGCAGGCUCCAGCUGUGAAACUGAAUCAUGAAGAUCUUAAUCGCAGAACCGUCUCUCUUCUGGAAGAGUACUUCAGUGUUAGGAUUUUGGAAGAGGCAUCACUGUGUGUGGGGGAGUUAAAAUCUCCAUCUUACCACCCUGAGGUUGUUAAGACAGCCAUUUCCCUUGCACUUGAUAAAAGUCCACCAUGUGUUGACCCGGUUGCCAAUCUUCUCGAGUAUCUAUUCAUCAAGAAGAUACUUACAAAUGGAGACAUAGGGAGUGGCUGUUUGUCAUUUGGUUCUCAGCUGGAUGACAUUGGCAUAGAUUUACCCAAAGCACCGAGUAAUUUUGGUGAGAUCAUAGGGAAAGUAAUUUUGGCUGGGGGGUUGGAUUUUAAGGUGGUGAAAGAGAUUCUUCAGAAGAUGGAUGAUGACCUGUUCCAGAGAGCAGUGUUUGACAGUGCAGUUGGGGUCAUUAGUUCUGCAUCUGGGCAAGCUGUAUUGGAGUCUCAAAAAUCUGAUAUUGAGGCCUGCCAGAGUCUGCUCAAGUAAUUCAAAAUGACUUCUGAAAACUGGAUUAAGACGAACAUCUCUGCCUAAUUUACAGCUUCCAAAUUCCCAUACCUUCAUGCCCACUUUUGAGUUAGACCAUUUUGUAUGGAAGGAUGUUGUAAAGUGGAGCUUCUAGUGUUAGCUAUAUUUAUUGAGCUGUAUAAUUUUAAUUUUUUUCUGAGCUUUUGAAGUUUCCUAUUGAAUUUGAUGCACAAGUCAAACCAUACAUCCAAAGAUUUAGUUUUCCGAUUGGCUAA